AUGUUGCACCAUUACAGCGUUCAGUGGAAGGACAGCACGGGCUUCAGCUGCAGGCGGAGCUUCACAAAGACCUGCAUCCUAAAUAAGUUCUGUCAGAUUACGCUGCACGCACUUAGCAGCUCGCUCCUCGGGACGUUAACUCCGUCUCUGCCGCUUAUUACAGAAGCAAAUGACAGCAAAGUGGAAAGAUAUGUCACGGUGGUUUUGGGAGGGCGCUCGCUGAUGGGUGAAGUGGACCGGGCAGGGCCGUCUCAGCAGCAUCCCCGUGUGUCUGGGCCUUCUGCAGGCGCUGGCCCUCCCCUGACCUGCUCGCUGACAGGGCCUAAUGUGGCGUGUGACACGUCGCAGCCGAUCACUCUGCGCACAGAUGACCGCCUGCUUACGUAUGCGCCGUGCACACUGGACCCAGAGCAGACACUGUCAGGUGUGAUAACGGUUCGAGCUCUAAAGUCACGCUGA